GGAACAUGCUGUUUUGGGGAGAUUACAGUUUCUUACCCUGUGAUGAAGAACAAACUACACUAUUUUAGGCUAGAUGAGCUGCUAAUUCAGGCUAUCCAGAGUAAGGCACAAUCGCCGACUAUUGGUUGCCAGCUCGCCACUGCCUUGUGGAAGACUGCAAGUGAGCUUUCUCCCUCUGGUCUGGUGAGAGUGAAGAGGAGGACAAGUGAGUUCAGCGUGGGCGGAGCUAGUGGAUGGUUGGUUACUUGCUGACAAGGUACAUACAUAUAUAUCUCUAUCUGUCAUCCGUGGGGUUUGUAUGUAGAGACGCCCUGUAUGAAUGUGAAUGUAUAUGCUUCUAUCCACAAACUAUUCGGAACCAGUGUGGAUGGCGUUCUUGCAGGUUGCUUGAUUUCUCGCCCGAGACAUGCAUAAUCCACCAGUCGAGCAGGAACGGGGAAAUAGUCCAAAGCAGGCAAGAAUAUGAAGAGGCCCGCAGGUCUCAGGCUCGGCAUAUCCCAAAGAAAAUAAUGGGUGAUUCGAGUUUGGUGCGUUGCUAAAUCAGCUGGCUUUGCCAAGAAAAAGAAGAAGAAAAAAACCCGGCGUUGCUACUUCCAAGUCGACUGAGAUUCUCUUAGAGAAGCGCAACUUUUGGUGAAAAAUAAAAUGUAAGUUGCGCUACUUCACUAAACUAAAAAUGCACUCUUCUGAACUGAAAAUCUCAGUCGACUUAGACAUAGAUAGA